CUCAUCUGAUCAAUAACUCCGAUGCCAGGUUCCGUAACCACAGUCUUAUGCGUCGUAUCUGCUUUGCUCGCUGUCCUAUGUCAGAUAUAUCUAAGCCCCUUAGUAAAGGUCAUUGGUUUAUUUCGAACUGUGCAGACCUUUGGGCUUGAUGCUGCCGCUUGCAAAUAUAUCCCAGAGUUACAGGCUUGUGAGAAGAUCGUGUUACACCAGCCUUCUGGUCUUUUGUAUCUAGCUUGCUCAACUCCGGAAAGCAGACUUGCGUGGACGCCAGCAAUGGACCAACUCAAUGUCCAGGGCAGGUCCAACGACGACUAUGUAGCCACCUAUGAUCCGACCACUUCAAAAGUCACUAGGCUUCAGCUGGAGAACUUCAAUAGCGAUCAACCAAUAUCUGUGCAUGGAAUGGAUGUUGUCCAAUCUACUUCCAGUGGGAGUGAACUUUUUGUAUUUGUGAUAAACCACCGCGCCCCUCCAGCUGGCCAAGAUCCAAGGAAAGUGGGUGCCGAUUCUGUCAUUGAAGUGUUCAAGACCACGGUAGCAGGAGAUCGACUAGUUCACAUCAACACUGUCAGGGAUCCCCGUGUUAUAGUGUCACCGAAUGAUGUUGUUGGAGAAGCUGAUGGUAAAGGAUUCUUCUUCACCAACGAUCGGGGUUCAAAAAUUUCGAAUUCAUAUAACCUAUUUUCUGCAACAACUUCCAUUGGAUAUUGCCAUCUAGAUCAUGGUUGUAAAUUUGUGGCUUUGGGACUAUAUUCUAGUAACGGGAUCGUCAAAGCUUCCACCAAUAACACGAUAUACGUGUCGAGUAAUUUAGGCGGGAAGAUCAAUGUCUUUGAAAGACAGUCAGAUAAUUCACUGCUGUUGAAGGAUGUUAAUGAGAAAGGCCAGGCUUUGGACAACAUUUCUCUGGAUAACCGAGAUCAAUUAUGGCCUUCAGCCUUCCCUAAAAUUCGAGAUAACAUCGAGAAUUUAAGUAAAGAUCCACACCAUCUCGCAUCUGUUGCAGCCUUCAAAAUUUCAGCCAACACUGGGCCGGGUUCUUUAUAUGGCGAAAAAUACAAUGUCGAGAAGGUGAGUACGAUCAAGUUGACGAAAUAUCUCCAGAGCAUACUGGAAGAUGAUGGAACAAUCGUAUCAGCGUCUACUUCUAUUGUCCAUGAUUCCGAUAGAGGCCUUAUCUUUAUGCAUGGAAUUGCCGCCCCACAUCUGACUGUGUGUCGCAUGUUAGCCUUAAAUCAGUCGCAAGAUUGAGGGUCACUACUGGCGGUUCCGCAAGCCACUCUACUUCAAUUACCAUAAUAGGGAAAUACGGUAACCAUACACUAGUCUGAAAACGAUUGAUAGUCGGGAAACUCUAUUGUUCGCUCUACCUUGACGACGCCGUCGAGUAUUUUUGCCUCAUAUGGAAACUAUAUACAAACUAAAAUUACCUAGAAAGGAAAUAAAAGCGAUUGGCCGUGAU